AUGUCAGCUCAAGUGCAGACAGCAUGGGUAUCUCGCCCUGUUGGUGGUAUACCCACUACGGAAGAUUUAGCUCCAUCGAUUAUAUUCACUAUAGCUUAUGCAUUCCUACUACCCGGCAUCAUCUACAAUUUCUUCUUUCGCAAACCACGCGCAUGGAAUACCAUCCAAAUUUCGACCGUAAUUUUUGCAGUUGAACGUAUAGCAUGGUGCAUUAUACGUGUUGUCCAAGCGGCCUACCCAGAGAAACGAGGAUCAGGAAGGCUGAUGGAAUACAUGCAAGCAACGGUUGGGCUUGGUUUCAUCGGAAUAUCCAAUGACGCGAUAAGCCUCCUCCGCUGUCUUCUUGUUAAUACAACUCUUCCUGAGAACGGCGCAUCAAAAGAUCGCCGUGCUGCAAGGAAGAGUUACCGUUAUCAUUGUUACGUAUUCGAACUGGUUUUCCUGGCAUCAACCAUCCCAGGAAUGGUAGCAAGUAGCGCAUACAGUUCAGCGCGAUUUGACCAGGAAAGUGCCGACAGAAAUUUGUAUUAUUUAAAUGUCAGCGCCGGUGUCGCCCUUGCUCUUCAGUUGGUCACUAUCCUUGCUUGCAUUCUGGCUGCAUUAAUAGUCAAGGAGAUCGAUCGUAUACGUUGCCUCGAGCUGGCGGCAUUGACCGUACUCUUGUUGCCAGUUCCAACCUACCGCCUCUGCGUCCUUGGUAUCCGUACCAUCGACGUAUUUGACCCUCUUUCUGCAUCUGCGAGGGCUUCUUUCUAUAUAAUUCACCUCAUCCCCGAAUGGAUAUGUGUCAGCGUUUUAUUGGGUACCAACGUUCGUGAGAGAUUCAAGACGGGCAAGUGGGGGGAUCACGAAAAAGAUGAGACUUUACGUGAUAAACGAUUAGCAAAAGUCACUGAUGAGGACAACUUGCCAUUGCAUGAGGUUGAUAGGUCUAGAAUGGCUUGA